AUGGAUCAAAUUAAUAAAGGAUGGUUUAGUGAGAUUAGUGAAUUCUGGCCUGGUAAUUCAUUCUCUCUACAAGUUGAACAAGUGUUACACCAUGAAAAGACACAAUAUCAAGAUAUCCUAGUAUUCAAAUCAAAGACCUUUGGAAAUGUUCUUGUAUUGGAUGGUGUCAUUCAAGCAACUGAACGUGACGAGUUUGCCUAUCAAGAGAUGAUUGCUCAUCCAGCAUUAUUUGCUCAUCCCAAUCCAAAAAAGGUAUUGGUUGUUGGUGGUGGUGAUGGUGGUGUCUUACGAGAGGUUGUCAAACAUGAUUGUGUCGAAAGUGUCACACUCUGUGAAAUUGACAAGGGUGUCAUUGAUGCCUCUAGAAAGUACCUACCCAAUAUGGCCGUCGGUUUCGAUCACCCAAAGGUUACACUAUUUAUUGGUGACGGUCUCGAAUUUAUGCGUCAAAGAAAGGGUGAGUUUGAUGUCAUCAUCACCGAUUCAUCCGAUCCAAUUGGGCCAGCUCAAGGACUCUUUGAAAGAGCCUACUAUGAACUAUUAAAGGAAGCUCUUGCAGAGGGUGGUAUUCUUUGUUCACAGGCUGAAAGUCUUUGGUUACAUUUGGACACUGUCAAAGGAUUGACUACCUUUUGUAAGGAACUUUUCCCAGUGGUUGAAUACGCCUACACCUCUAUUCCAUCGUAUCCAGGUGGUUCAAUCGGUCUAUUGAUUUGUAGCAAGAGCAACACCUCUUGUAAAUCACCAAUUAGACAAGUAUCAAGUGAAAUACUCGAAAAGAUGCAAUAUUACAAUGAACAAGUUCACAAGGCUUCUUUUGUUUUACCACAAUUUGCUUCUAAACAAUUAAAUCUCUAG